UGAAUGUAUAAAUGCUCAGCAACUCUGUGGAUGGAACUGUUACCUUGCCUGAGACUAACGAACUGUUUCUACCAUGAAGAACACAGGUGUACUUGUGGUCUUCUCUUUUGCCCUCUGCUGUUUUUUAGGAGUAAACAGUAACAAUGAAAAUGAUGACAGCAAGAGCAAACAAAAGGGGAGAAGAAAGAAAAAGAAGAAGGAGAAGUACUGUGGGACACAGGUUAGUGCAACACCAAUGUGCCCCCUGAAUUAUAAUGCUCACUGCGGGUCAAAUGGUCAAACCUAUUCCAACAAGUGUGAAUUCUGCAAUGCUGUCUGGAAAAGCAAGGAGCCUCUUACUCUCAAGAGUUUGGGAACAUGUGAAAGUACUCUCCAAGAAUCAUAAAAUCAUGGAACCAGUGAACCAUGGAACCAGUGAACCAUCUUCUUGUUGAACCACCCUGCCACUACAAACCAGCAUGUUUUACCCAUCAGACCCUUCACAAAUCAACCUAUAUAAAGAAUCUCCUUUCUGUUUAAUCUUAGUUCUCACGGAGGUAGAAAAUUUGUAUCUGGAUUGUACCACUUUAGACUGUAGGUGAGGAUUCACUGAAUGCUCAUCCAUUCAUAAAAUUACUCUGUAAACAUUCACAAUUAUCAUGUCAAAAACAGUGCUAGGUUCAAUAAAUAAAUAAAAUGGCA